GCCCAUGAAGAUAAAAGGGAAUAGCUUCUUCCACAACGCCCAGGGUAGAUGGUAUACCUGGAAGGCAGCCGUCGCAGAACCAUUGAGCUUCUCAUCAUCUCCAUGGGCGAUGCCUAGCUUCUUCCACAACGACCAGGGAAGAUGGUAUAGCUCGAAGGCAGCCGUCUAUUGAGCUUCAUCAUCUCCAUGGGCGAUGACUAGCUUCUUCCACAACGACCAGGGAAGAUGGUAUAGCUCGAAGCUGGCUGUCGCAGAACCAUUGAGUUCAUCCCCAUGGCCGAUGCGUAGCUUCUACCACAAGGACAAGGGCAGAUGGGUUUGCGGCGCCGGCCGGCGUGGAUGUGUGCCCGGUCUAUGUACAGAUUAAUCCUGGAUCAAGUACAUGAAACUUUUCCAUGUAAGCGGAUCCGAUAGAGGUCCACCGCGGCCAAAGCAGCCUGGAAGCCCGUUGUCGCAGAAGCGGAGCUUCAUCGCCAUGGCCGCUAGAUGUUUUCUGGCUACUUCCACAUAGUCGUGUCCUCCGGCGUGCCUCUACCGCCAAUUGAACUAAAAGCGCAGGCCAAAGAAGAAGCCCAACAGUUGCGUCUGAAAAAUACAUCUGACCCAACAGUUUCUUCCAAGGAGCCCAAUACUGACGAAACCAUGCACUUCUUCCUUUCUUUCUUCCUAUACUACUAUGGGCCGGAGGAGAAGAGGAGGGGGCGACGACCGACUUCUCCGGCCGGUCGUUAUCAAGCACACGGCGAGCUCUCAUGAAAGGUUUAGCCAGCUUCUUUUGAUCUUAAUGACAAAUCGCCGUGGUUUAGCCAGCCCUUUGUGAUCUUAGUGACGCCUACGAAUCGUCGUCGUUCUUCCUCUUCCUUUGCCGAAGCAAAACCUAACACACAACACAAGAUCUGAGAGAUGCCACGGCGAGAGCGUCCUGCGCGAGCAUCUGCUCCCCAAGCAGCCGUGAAUCGUCAGGGAUCAACCAGCAGAUCCGCUCCGGACGAGGAUUACCCGCGGAUCCGACAAAGCGUGGCACCAGCAGGCGACCUCAUCCCAUCAUCGCCACGGAAACCAAUCGCUUCCUCAUCGUCGCGCCGCUCCAAACCUUCUACCCCGCCAGCGGCCACCUCAGCCCCACAACUCUCGCCAACCAGGUCUACGGCUCGGCAAGCCCCGCGGCCAACCCAGGCACCGGCUGCGGCACCUGUACCACCCAACCGCCGAGCUGGCCCCGACGGCACAAGACCAGCCACCUGGGCUCAAGUCGUCGAGAACGGUGGCCGUCAUGAACCUGCCAUAAUACCUAAGACAACUCUUAGUAAUGAAUUCUACAAUCACCUCGCAUCUAAUAGUAGGGUUUACGAAGAACAGCUAGCUGGGACGGCCUUCGGGAACAACAAGUACAAGACACCCAAACCAUACACUAUAAAAGUCUCUUACGAGGAGAUGUGGGAACUCAGUGCCGACGUUGGUCUGAUCAGAGAUAUAUGCAACGGCCGGAUCAACAAGGUUGACUGUUGCUUGCUACCUUCUGCUCGAAAAUUCGUAAGGAAGUUCCUACUUGAUAACGGUUUUGUAAUUGAGGAAACAACAAUUAAUGGCACAUGCUUAUCUUUUAACGGAUUUCCAGAGAGAAUGCAGAUGUUUGAAGACUUUAGGAAAACUGAUGCCCUUGUGCAAUGUGUGCCUAUAAUUAGGGGCAAAACUUCUAUUCUUACUCCAACAUUUCAUGGGAGCCGUGUUAUGCAGACCUUGAUCGUCGGUAUUUUAGCGAAUCAUUCCCGUCGUAUCAGCUGGGGUGGAAAAUUCAGUGAAGAGAACAUUGUGAUCAUUGAGUGGAAAUCUAAGAUCAGCCGAGGUCACACAAGAGAUUGGGCACACUAUGAGAUGAAGAUACAAGGAAAACUGGUGGAAGAUAAAGACCAGAGUUUACUUGAGGCCGCUAUGGCCAGAGACCUAUGCAAAACUGCUGAGAUAUUCAUACCAUUCUACAAGAAGGAUGGUGAUUUGCCAGUCCUUUUUAUGGAUCUCAAAGAAGAACUUGAAGGAGCAUCUGUGAAGGAUAACUGGUUGAAGAAUUACUUGAUUCAUCAUCCUGCGAUCAUGCCGUCAGCUGGCCGUAGAAUCUUUUUGACUAAUUUGCACCGUGCACUACUUGUGGGUUGUAGUGAUCGACUGCAUGCUUUUAUGGCAACAAAACCGCAUGGACAUCCUUGUGAUUGGAAAACAGUUGUGGAAUCGGAAACGAAGGGCGUUAUUACUGUUCUCCAUACUGUGUACUAUCACAAUAAGAAGCAUGGUACUGAAUAUGGAAGCUCACGGCGCGAACUUAUCCGGUUUAUGCGCAAUGUUCUUGAACAUGGUAAGGAACAAGAUGCCCGUGCCAUCUAUGGUGACUGUGAGUUGGAAUUGUACCUAGUCAAGAUGUUCGAUAGCUUUUUCCCAGGCUUAGUGCGAACCCUUCUUGAGACAGGAGCAAUGAACGAUCUUGAAGAAGCCUGGUCAUCUUAUGAAGUGUUCAAGUUGAUCAAAUUAACUGGAUCCAGGGUCAAAGAGAAUACAAACGGACAAAAAUGGACGUAUUAUGUAUGAGGUGUAAGGUGGCAUGCAAUUACUUAUUGUAGAUUGUUGAUCACAUGACAAAUAUGUUGAACUAACAUAUGGGAUCCACAUGUUAAAGUGAUUACGCCCAGGGGAGAAGUAAAAUUAUGGUGCAUUGAUGUUAAAAUGGAGAGGGGUGAGGAUAACUUUUCCUCACCCAGGAUGAUGAAUAGGUAAAAGAUCUGGCGCACCUUGAUCAGGAAUGUUGUGUUUUGCAUGAAGGUUGCAGUUCCUCCAAAAUUUCAGUCAUCGACGGAUAUGUUGAACUAACAUAUAUAUAUAUAUAUAAGGAACCAAGAGGCUCACAUACUGACGUAGCAUUACAAGUGCGCCAAAGACUUCGGGCAUUUAUUGGCAUUCUUUCGGAAAAAAAAUGGAGGCAACCAAAACCAAACAUAGGAACUGGCCGGUCACUUGUCCAUUUUAGUUAUUCUUUCUGAUUUUUGGAUGCUUUCUAUAUUUAUAAAACGGCAGCUGAGUUGCCAGAUUAAUUAGUUUUUUAAACAAUCAAGUACUCUUUUGUUGUUGUAGAUGCAGGUUGAAUGUUGCAAAAAUGUACUACAUGCGAUACUUUUGAACUCCUUUGUGACUGUGUGUGUGUGUGUGUGGGGCGACAAUAACUGUUGGAAACGAUUGUUUUGGCAA